CCGCCUCUUCCGCGUCGCCGCCCGAGGAGGAGGAGGAGGAGGAGCGCCGCCAGCUGCGGAACUCGGGCCGGAGGAGCUGCGGGGCCGCGGCCUGUAACUGUAGCAAUGUCCAAGAAGCCAUUAAAUUGUCUUGCUGAUAAUGGGCAGUGUAGCAAGACUGAGGUGGAAAAUGGGCAUCCAAGUGUGCCGCCUCCCCCACUUGGCACAUCCACGGUUGAGGAGAUGGUCCAGCAGAUGAAAGAGCUCAUUACCGAGAACAAUGAGCUUAAAGAAGCCAUGAGGCAGCGUAAUCAAGCUAUGAAGGAUCGCUUUGAGGAGCUUUCCACAUGGAGAGAGAAGCUGAAAGAAGAGCGGGAGUUCUAUGAAACUAAAUUCAAGGAAGCCAGGCAGUGCUUGGCAACCAAAUGUGUAGAGAAUGAAGCCCUGAAAGAGCAGCUCCAGACUCUGGAAGAGAGAGAGGAAGGGUCCACAAAGGGAUGCACAGUUUCCAAAAAGGAGAUGGCCCAGGAGCUAGAGCAGCUGAGGAUGCAAGUGGUGAAGCUGCAGGCUGAGAAGGCCGAUCUGGUUGCCAUCAUUUCAGAGCUGCAGCUUAAACUCAACAUUGGAACUGAUGACUCAUUUGUGGAGAUCAGGAUGCACGAAGGAGAAUUAAACGGAGGUGUGAAAGAAAUUCAAGACCUUCGUGGCAAAACAACAAGGGAUGCAGCUGCCUAUGUGAGCAGAUCUCUGGAUGAAGCAAAAAAAAAGUUGGAAACCGAAGAGUUGACUGUCAGCCAGCUUCUUCAUUCCCUCAGGAGCGAGACCCAGAAGAGAGAAGCCUUGGAAAAGGAGCUCCAGGAGCAGAAGGAAAGAAUUCUGUUAGAAAAUAAAACUGCAGAGAAAGGCACUCAGAUGGAACAUGAGGAGGAGGAAGUAAAAGAGAGAGCAGAAAGUGUGGGUGAUGAAGUAGAGACUCUAAACCUACAAGUGUCUGCCCUGUUCAAAGAACUUCAGGAGACACAUGCUAAAUUAAAAGAUGCUGAGAUAAUCCAGAAGAAGCUGCAAGAGAAGUGCCAGGCUCUUGAGAGCCAGCAACAUGGUGAAAGUGCUGGAGACCUGGAUGAGAAGCAGCAGCUGCUGUACACCAUUAAGAAGCUGGAGCUUCAAGUGGAGAGCAUGCAGUCAGAAAUCAAGCUGGAGGAAGCCAGAGCAAACGAAGAGCAACAGAAAUUUAACACAUUGCAGGAUGCUUAUAGCAAGCUUGUACCUGAACUGACCAAAGCAAAGCAGACAGUUGAAGAACUAAAAGACAAAGAGGCUGAAAGGCUCAAUAAGGCUACAGCUGAGGAACUCAUUCACAGACUGGAUAUGGCAGAGGAAGCCCUAGCUGCCAAACAGUUCCAGAUAGAUGAAAUGAAGCAGACCAUUGCUAGGCAGGAGGAAGAACUGGAAACUGUGACUAUCCUCCGAGCUCAGAUGGAGCUCUAUUGUUCUGACUUCCACGCUGAACGAGCAGCACGGGAGAAGAUCCACGAGGAAAAGGAGCAACUGGCUGCCCAGCUAGCGUACUUGCUGACAGAGAAGCAAGACCAUGAAGAUCUCGGAAGGAAUAUGCUGGCAGAAAUGCAAACUCGGCACAGACUCCCAUCAGAUCAAGGCCAGUCCCACUUUUCUCAAGGAGGAACAGAAGAUCGGGUUUGGCAGCAGCAGCAAAGGAGUGUCCAAAUACAUUCUUGUCCAAAGUGUGGAAUGAUUCUUCCUGAUAUGGACACACUUCAGAUUCAUGUCAUGGACUGUAUCAUCUAAGCACUGGCCUCAAAAAUUCUCAA